CUGCUGCUGUUGUUGUUUUGAUGAGUGGCUGCGGCGUCACCGAUCACAUGGAGUCCGUGCCGAAGGGCGGCUGCCGUGGAAGAUGGACAACGUUGGCUGCGUUUUGUCAUCGCCACGGAGCAAUCUUUGGAUGAAUGUAAUCAACCAGGUUGAAGAGAAUUUGCCAUGGGGUGUACACCAUCUCACGCGGACGUGCUGCCCUCCUUACCUGGCCACUUGGGCCUCACCUGCUCAGAUGAGUCCUGCGCGCAGGAGCCGCUGCGGGAUUCGUGCGAUGGAGCAGUCAGCGAGCGAUGCUCACGGUCCGACUGGGUGACGACCUCGAGCGGCCGUCGCGGCGACGAUGGGGAACACACGACGGACGAUUCGGACGCGGACGACGACGGCCACGUCGGCUACUACUACGUCCCGAGAGAAAAGGACAUCGUGCACGUCUGUGUGGAGGAGAGGCUGAGGGAGAGGAUCGUCAAUAGCGCCUCGCUCGUGAUGUCCGAGGUGAUCGCGGGACAGCCGGCAUUUGCCGAAGAUUUGAUCGCGAAAAUAAAGGCGUCGAGCAAAGUGGACGACUUCGAGUAUCACUGCCCAGCCGUGCCUGAAAAUGUCGGCGAGACACGGGAGGAUGGUAAUCCGGAGCGGGAGCGGCGUCCGAGCGAGGCGGACGGGCAGGAAGAGCGGAGUAAGAUCGACUUUCCCGACGGAAUGGUGGAGGCUCACAAGGCCGUCUACGAGUAUCUGAACCGCACGCUGCACGACUACGACGACAUGAUGAAUUCUGCCGACCAAAUAGUGGAGACCCAGCAGAGCUUGCAGCAAAUGAUCAGCUUCCUGUUUUUCAAGUGCGAGGAGAUCAACAGCACGAUGCAGAGCGCCGUGCUCACCGGCGAAGCGCUGCUCAAGAGUUUGAAAUUCGGACUUUCGACGCAGUGCAGUGACAAGAUGGAAGGGCUUGACUUACCGCAGCAGGUGCUGCGCUACUCGGUGAACAAGCUACAGGGCAUCGGCGACAGCACCAACAGCACCACGUCGGGGGCCCUCAACUUGAUCGUCGGCUACAUGAAGUCGGCGCACGAGAAACUCCAGGAGAAGAUGAUCGCCAAGAUGCGGUUGGACUCGAGCGUGGCGGCUACGAUGGCGCAUCUCGCUCUGCAUGCGGUGGGAGCCGCCCCGUCACCGAGCGCGGACGAGAGAGCCACAGCCCUCUCGGAUGACAGCGGCAUCGCCGCCGACUACGAGUCCCUGAGCGAGAUGAGCACCGACUCGCCGAGCGGCACGCACGCGUGCGCUCGCAGGGAUGGCCGGCGAUGCGAGUCGCGGCCGCCCGGCAACGGGCACACGUUCGUGUGCAACGCGGUGUGCCAGCUGGAGGGCACGGAGCCGCCGGGCAACAGGUCCAUGUCCCACCACUGCGCGCUUGAGAAGCAGUUCAAGGACGUCUUUUACCCCCCGCAGAUUCCCAUGUUUGCCGAGUCGAGGGACACCGAGAGCGCGGCGGUGGGACGCACCGCGAUUGCACCGCUCGACCGCGGCAUGGCGGAGCAGGGCAGGACCUCGUUCUUGCGCUCUCUGGACGCACUCGCAGAUGAAAUCGUGGACGAGGCGCAUGUCGAGGUCGGCGUUCUGGAUGCGACGUGGGACAGAAAGCGUGAAGACGAGCGGCAAAUUGAUUUCGCGAAGCAGCACGUGAUGCAAAUCGUGGGCAACUCGAGCGAGAUGGACGAGCUGGUACUGAAGCUGAAGGAGGCCAUCAGCAGUCGCAUUCUGUUCAUGUCGCCAGGGCCCCCAGACCCGGAAUGGUCAGAGGAGGAGGGGGGGAAACUGCAGUCGGGCAACCGGCCCAAAACGGCACAAGGCAGCCCAUCAAAGGGCGCAAACAGGAGGCGCUCGCGGUCAGCCGACUCGCUCGCCAACCAGCAGGAGGACGUGACGCUCCGGGAGCUGCACCGCGUGCAGAAGAGCAUCGCCAAGUGCCUGGAGACGACGUUCCAGACGGCGAAGCAGAGUGUCCUCAUGGACAAGCAGAGAAGGCCGAAGAUAUCCAGUGCCGCGCAGGGCUCCCAGCCGAGGAGCAGCAGGAUCAAGACGUCACUCGAUAAGGGCUUCAGCGUGCUGCCAAGUCACGGCGUGCUUAAAGGGAACAAGAAUGAGCAGCCAAAGAGCAACAAGGUUUCCUCUCUAAAAAAAUCUGGUCCUUUAAAAGCCAUCAUUCCCCACGCCCAGCCAUCUCUGCCAGAGGAAAACAAUGAGCCCCAUAUACCACUGAGCAGGGUUGUGCCAGUUAUCACACCUAAAACCAAUUCAAGCAGGAUCCCUGUCAUGCCUAGCUACAGCAGCACAAGUUGCAUACCAUUCAAGCCGAAGCUUUUUAAUGCUGUGGGAGUUCUUCCUCCACUGCCCACACGAUACCGGUUGCUCAAAUCUGUAGUUUGCCCCGACAGCCUCAUGAAUAUUGACGAUGGGCUCAUUCCGCCUUCCCAACAUUCCAACGCAAAGGAGCGGGGAGAUGGCAGCUACAUGGACAUAAGUGCCGAUUCAAAACCUCCACAAGGCAACCCACCACUCAGAGACAGGCAGGACAGCGUGUCUCAAGCCAGGCCUCCCAGCCCCCCAUCUCAGCACAAAAAUAAAAGUCCUGCAAAAUGGAGAAAGAGUCAUAUAGUUAACCCAGAUGGACAGUCGAGUCCACCUACAGCCAGGCAGGCCAGCCCACCGCCCCACUGGAGACAACCCAGUCCACCUACACAACAUAAAGAUUCAAGUACAAAGUCUCAGACAGGACGGGAAAGCCUGGCACAACAUGCCGCACAGGCCAACCUACCUAGAACGAGACAGCCAAGUCCACCUCGAACCAGACACCCCAGCCCACCUAUAUCCACACAGGCUAGCCCACCUAGUUCCAGACAACCAAGUCCACCUCGAACCAGACACCCCAGCCCACCUAGACCCACACAGGCUAGCCCACCUAGUUCCAGACAGCCAAGUCCACCUCGAACCAGACACCCCAGCCCACCUAGAUCCACACAGACUAACCCACCUGGUAUUAGACAAGCAAGCCCACCUAGAACCACACAGACUAACCCACCUAGUACAAGAGACCACAGCCCACCAUGUACAAGGCGGGCCAGCCCACCUUGGACUGGACAACCAAGCCCACCACCUCAAUGCAGGGGUGCUAGCCCACCGUCACAGUGGAGGCGAGUAACAUUCCCUUGCCCUGACAAACAGUCAAGUCCACCUCUGACUGAACAGGCCAGUCCACCGAUAAUCAGACAACCGAGUCCACCAUCUCAACGAAGGAAUGCAAGUCCACCCCGACAGUGGAGACAAGUCCACCUGCCCUCCACGGAGGAGGAACAGACGAGUCCACCCCUUCUGAGUAGCAGGCACUUCAAACCACUGUCGCACGAUGGCCAGCUCAGCCCACCACCCAGGGGCGCAUGCCCCAGCACUCCACCUUGGGCGACGGAGCCAAGCCAGCACCUGCAGCGCAGGCAGGCCUUUCGGAGGUUGCCCAGUCCGCCCCUACAGCCGGGCCAUUCCACUCCGUGUCCUCUCCCCAGCCCACCCGGAGAACAGCGCAAGCUGCCCAGCCCCCCACUCGGCCAACGGAAGCUGCCCAGCCCGCCACCCCAUGGCAGGCAGCGGAGCCCGGGCCGGCUCAGGCAGCUUUCACCGGCGAUCCAAGAAAAAAUGGGAACAUUUUUGAUGAACGAGCCUGCGGUGGCAGUGCCGAGAAGCUUAGCGGAUGAAGCAACUUCUGAGUGCAGGCAGUCCCCCAAAACAAACGCUGGUUCUAUCUUUUGCAGUGCGCCCAGCUCCAUGUUUAAAGCGAAAAAUAUGACGGAUGACCAGAGCCUGUAUAACAAUGCCAGCUCACAAUAUCAAACGGAUCAGCAUCAACAACAACAGCAGGCGCAUGCACUAUGCAAAGGUGCCAGGAGUGCAGCGGCCAGGGCGUCCAAGGAGGAGUGUGAAGACGACUCGUCUGGUCUCUCAGGAAAAUUCGACUCCGCGGACGACGGUGGCCGUGCGGAUGCCGGGUUGGAGUACAGCUGCGUGGCCCAGGGCCACGGUGACCCGAGGAAGCUGGACGGGGGCCCCGACUUCCUCGUGCAGGGACGAGGCAUCUGCUCCCCGGGCCCCACGGAGGAGAACUAAGCAGAGUGAGGGCCUUCACGCAUAUCUCGCAGUCAUGACCGUCACGGGGGCAGCGCCGUCCUCGACCACUUAACAAUGAGAUGUUAUUUUCUUGGUUCUUUCGGUAAAGUCACGUAGAAUGGAAAUAAUAAAAUAAUAAUAAAAAACAUAAUAGUGAGAUUUAUUUUAUUA